AUGGUCAAGAAACACCUUGUCAGACAAGGUAAACAUUUUCUAAAAAAUCUUAUUGGUGAUGAAUUAGGAACGGAAGAAAUGUUUGAUGAAAAAUUGGACGUAGAUUCCGACAUUAAUGAAGAGGAAAGUGACAACAAUGAAGAAACCAAUAACUUUGUACAAUGGGGCAAACAAAUAGAAAAUGAAGUACGAUCAACCAUUGCGACUUUUUCUGGAAACCUUGACAAUGCACAGUGUUCGUAUUCGUUAAAAGAUUUUAUAAUGAUGAGUGAUAGUAAUAGUGGUAGUGCAACUGAAACUGACCAAAACCAACUUGGACCUAGCUCUAGCUCAGCUAAAAGGAAGAAAGUUUACAAACAACAUUUUAAAAAAGAUUGGGUGAAAUUACCAGGAUACCAUUGGGUAGAAUGCAGUAAAAAGGGAACAAUGUAUGCAUGGUGUAAAAUAUGUAGAUGUGACAUUAAUAUAACUGCAGGAAAAGUACAGCUUUCUAAACAUUCAGAAUCCAGUAAACAUAUAAAAUAUGUGCAGAAUAUUGAAGCAAAUAGUGGAAGGCAGCAAAAUAUUGCCGACAUGUUUUCAGCGAGCACGAGUAAAUUAAAUGUUGAGGAAAAUUUGAAAGAAGGCAUUAUACGUACAGCAGGACUUUUGGCUGAACAUAAUCGUCCAAUGAAUUUAAUGGAACAUUUAAUUGAUUACCUGAAUGCUGUUUGUAAAGAUUCGGAAAUAGCCAAAAAAAUGAAAGCAGGAAGAACCAAAAUAACUAGGGUCCUCAAAAAAGUUACAGGAACAUCACAAAAAACAUAUUUGAUUGAGCUCAUGAAAACUAAAAAGUUUAGUUUAAUAGCUGACGAGUCGACAGAUAAUUCCUGUAUUAAGCAUAUGUGUUUAGUGGUUAGAAUGGCCAUUGACCAUAAAGUAGAAGAUAACUUUUUAGAUCUGAUACCUGUAGUAGAGACUACAGGAGCUGUACUUUAUGAGAAAAUCAUAAAUUUUUUCACAAAACACGAUAUACCUUACAAAACAAAUUUUAUUGGUUUUGCUUCUGAUGGAGCUAGUAAUAUGGUGGGUAUUAGAAAUUCAUUAGUCAGUAGACUACAAGAAAAUAUACCAGGCAUAUUCACAGUCAAAUGUAUUUGCCACAGUUUUCACCUUUGUGCCUCCUAUGCGUGCAAAAAGCUGCCAGAAGAAGUUGAACAACUAACAAGAGAGGUUUAUAACUUUUUUGCAAAUAGCCCAAAAAGAGUUGAGGAACUAAAAGAGUUUCAGGAAUUUGUCAAUGUUGCUCCUGCUAAAAUUCUUCACCCAAGUCAAACACGUUGGCUUUCAUUGGAAAGUGUCAUUAAACGACUUUUAAACCAAUAUAAUGCUCUAAAACUUUAUUUUGUUGAUCAAGUUGCUAAUAACAUUACUCAAGCAGAUUUAAUUUUAGAGAAACUUAACACGGAAGAAAAUCGAUUAUAUCUCGAGUUUUUAUCUCAUGCAUUACCUAUUUUUAACGAUUUAAAUAAAUUAAUGCAAAGCGAAUCCCCAAAAAUUCACAUUCUUUACAAGGAAAUAACAAAUACACUUAAAAUAAUUCUAGACUUUUAUAUGAAAAGUGACAUUAUUAGUACUGAAAGUAUUGAUAAAAUAGAUUUUAAAAAUCCCCGAAAUUUUUUGCAACUGGAUGAUAUGUAUUUCUCAGCAGAAAUAAAUUCAAGCAGUUUAGAUAAAAAUAGGUUAGAAAAGGUUAAACUCAAUUGUUUGAAUUUUUACAUUGAAAGUGUUCAACAAAUUUGCUCCAGAUUUCCCCUGAAAGAUUCAUUAUUUGAAAAGAUGGAGUUUAUGGAUCCAGAAGUCAUUCGAUCUCGAAAAAUCAGAUCUAUUGGUCAUAUUUCUAAAUUAUGUCCCAAUUUGUUUAAUGUAGAUAUUCAAACAAUUGACAAUGAGUGGUUAGCAUUAAGAAAUUUUGUAAUCGAUUUUAAAGAUGAAUAUAACGACAUUUGUGAAUUUUGGAAAUAUAUCGCAUCGAUAAAAACUCCAGAUCAUAAUGGGUUACGUUUUUCAAACCUAACGAAUUUCGUUUUUAAUUUGCUUACUUUACCUGUUUCAAGCGCAACUGUGGAAAGAGUGUUUUCCGUUGUAAAUUUAAAUAAAACAAAACAACGAAAUAGACUGAAAACUUCUACCCUUACAGCAAUACUCCACACAAAAAGUUUGGUGAAUAAAAAUAAAGCUAUAUGUUCAAAUUUCCUCAUACCAAAAGAAAUGAUUAAGAAACUAAAUCAAAAUAUUUAUGACUCAGACUCUGAUUAA